CAAAAAUACCGAGAAAUAGAUAUCAAAAAGAUGGUAAAGAAUUUUAAGAGGAAGGGACUAUUUAUUUACAAUAAUAAUAACAAAAUCCAGGUUUUCUCUUGCUCGCAUAGGUUCUUCGUUGUCGAGUGCAGCAUAAAUGCAUAAUACCAGAGUAGAUAAAGUCGCCCGUCAUCCCUAAGAGAGCAUUUCUGUCUUCACCACCACAACCGCCGCCCCCAUGAAUGCAUCCACGGCUCUCAGGCUCGACUCAUCCGCAGUCCACCCGGCGGCGAUUCCUUCUCCGCGUCGGUAUGUGGCUCGCAGCUGUAGGGUUCAGCUCAGGAAGAUGGCCGUUCCUGCUUUUCCAUCCGUCGUGUGCUCUGCCAAGCAAGCAUCGGCUGUGGUGGCGGAGCCCGGUGGCGCAACCGAGCCUGGAACGAAUCGAAUCGAGUCGCUAAGUCAGGUCUCGGGCGUUCUGGGUUGCCAGUGGGGCGAUGAAGGUAAAGGCAAACUCGUCGACGUUUUAGCCAAGCAUUUUGACGUCGUUGCUCGCUGUCAGGGAGGUGCUAAUGCUGGGCACACCAUUUACAAUUCAGAGGGAAAGAAGUUUGCACUUCACUUGGUUCCUUCGGGGAUUCUUAACAAGGAAACCAUUUGUGUUAUUGGUAAUGGAGUAGUGGUGCAUCUUCCCGGACUUUUUAAGGAGAUUGAUGGCCUUGAAUCUAAUGGCGUCUCAUGUGAAGGAAGGAUCUUGGUGUCUGAUCGAGCUCAUCUUUUAUUUGAUUUUCAUCAAGAAGUUGAUAAGCUUCGCGAGGCUGAACUAGCUAAAUCUUUUAUUGGCACCACGUGGAGAGGUAUCGGCCCUUGUUAUUCAAGCAAGGCAAUAAGGAAUGGCAUAAGAGUAUGUGACUUGAGGCACAUGGACACUUUCCCCCAAAAGCUUGAUCUUUUGCUAUCAGAUGCCGCAUCGAGAUUUCCUGGGUUUACCUAUAGUCCUGAAAUGCUCAAGAAGGAAGUUGAGCAAUAUAAAAGAUUUGCUGAGAGGUUGGAACCCUUCAUAACUGACACUGUUGAUUUCAUGGGUAAAACUAUUUCUCAGAAUAAGAAGGUUUUGGUGGAAGGUGGUCAGGCUACCAUGUUGGACAUUGAUUUUGGAACAUAUCCCUUUGUGACUUCUUCAAGUCCGUCUGCAGGUGGAAUUUGCACUGGUUUAGGCAUUGCUCCUAGACUUGUUGGUGACCUUAUAGGAGUGGUUAAAGCGUACACCACAAGAGUUGGUUCCGGUCCUUUUCCAACAGAAACCUUUGGCAAUGAUGGUGACAUGCUCCGAUUUGUUGGCGGGGAAUUUGGAACAACAACCGGCCGACCUCGUCGUUGUGGCUGGCUUGACAUAGUUGCUUUGAAAUAUUGUUGCCAGAUCAAUGGUUUUUCCUCUCUGAACCUCACCAAACUUGACGUGUUGUCCGAGUUAUCUGAAAUUCAGAUUGGUGUUUCUUACCGACUCCUUGAUGGUACCCCAAUCACAUCAUUUCCUUCAGAUCUUAGGGUCCUUGACCAAGUUGUGGUGGACUACGAAGUUUUGCGAGGCUGGAAGUGUGACAUAUCGUCUGUCAGGAACUAUUCUGAUCUUCCCACGGCUGCACAACGAUACAUUGAGAGGAUAGAGGAGCUUGUCGGCAUACCCAUCCAUUACAUUGGUGUUGGACCCAGACGAGAUGCCCUUAUCUACAAGUAAUGAAUUAUUAAACUCCCAUCUUUUUAUCACUGGAAGUUAAUUCUGUUUCCGUGGAGAGGACAGGACAUGGCUUCCUUUGACACAGCUCUUUGUAAGUUGAUGAGGUGCCAAACUUCUAGCAACACGACAAUGUCUUCAUGCAUCUUUAGAGACUGGUCAUUGAUUUUAGGAUCUUAGCAUCUUCUAUUUUGUUCAAGUUGUGACUUUAUAAGAUAUUAGCGGGUGUUGCCGUUUGAAAACCUCUGUUUUCCUUAAAUAAGAAGAAACAACUGAACUGAUUUAGCAAUUACUCUCUCUGCCUUACUUUGUCAUAUUUU